AAGUGUUUCACUUUGCAGGAUAUUAAUUUUCCGGAAAUUUGACCGGAUGUGUUUUGUGUUUAUCGUAAAGUCAAUCACCCGAGUUUCCUAGGAACAUUUUGAUACGUUACACGUGUACUUAUAUUUUCAUUGUGUUGUGAUGUUUUGCAUCGCAGCCCAACUGAGAAGUGAAAUGUAUUAGUUAAUUUUAAGGAACAGUGUCCUGAGAUUAAAGACUGCUUGACCAAACCUAGUCUUAUGGAGGGACAUCAGCCAUUAGCUCAAGAACUAGUGAUCCGAGUUAUUCUGUUUGCUGUGUUUUAUGUGACGGAUGAUGCUGUUCCGUAUUACAGACAAAUCCAGAAGGAGGAGCAAUGGCUGUACAGGUUUCCCAUGACCCCCAGCAUCUACCCUGGGAAUGUUCUUUGGGUGACAGUUCUGACAGUACCUCUGACAGCGGUGCUUACUUUCUACUUCUUACGACGAGACAGACUGGACGCCAGGCAAGCCCUUCUGUGUGCCUCGCUAGCAAUUUUCUUGACUGGAUCGGUCACAAAUUUCAUUAAGCUGGGAGUGGGCAGACCUCGCCCAGAUUUCCUCCAGCGCUGUUUCCCUGAUGGCAAAAUUCAGGACGACAUGAACUGUACCGGAAAUGUCAAGGACGUCAUUCAGGGAUACAAGAGCUUUCCCAGCGGACACUCAUCCUUUGCCUUUUCUAGUCUUGGUUUUGUGGCUCUCUAUAUUGCUGGCAAGCUCCACAUCUUUAAUCGGAAUGGCCACGGAAACUCCCUGAAGAUUUGUUUGUUUGUGUCUCUGUUAGUGUGGGCCACUCUCAUUGCUGUGUCAAGGACAGCUGACUUUCAUCAUCAUUGGCAAGGAAGCCUUUUAGCUGUCUCUAGCAUUAUGGAUCUGUUGCUCAGUCAUUUCUUGGACACGCCCACCGGCCCUGCCAUCAGAAUCCCUGCCCGGGUUCCUCCACCGUCACCAUCAUCUCAUCACCCACAAAACUUGGUCAUGGGUCCUCAGAGAAUGAAGGAUGCUGCCUCUGUGUGCUCCAAUGAAAACUUCUCCUCCAUACCAAACAUAGCAUCCAUGGCAACCGGUGUCCUAACCAAUCAUCAAGGCUACUCAGAUUCAGGUCUGGCCCCGCUUCAGUUGGAGGAAGAUCUGCCAAUUCCAGACUUCAACCACCUGCCUUCCAGCCUGGAGGAAGAUGACAACAACCAUCACACCACCAAUCCCCUGAGGUCAGCCAUCUUCCAGACGAUUCUCAACAGCUAUCCACAGCUCAGCAAGAAGAUGCAGAGAAGCCAUUACGUAGCUAAGAAGUUCCAGGAGGCCCCCAGCAACCGGUCAGACUGCCUGUACCAAGCCUCCAGGGCCUCAAAGCUCUCGGAUGACAUCACCGUUGACAACCUGGUUUCUGAUUUCAUGGAUGAGGAGUUUGACAGUGGAUACCACAGCUUCAGUGACAAUGCCUCCAUCAAUUCCAGUGGCUCCAUUUCUCCUAACUCUAGUGCCAUGGACCAACUGCAACAAAAGUUUCUUGGGGAUUCCAGCAUGAAAAACGAGUGUUCUAGCUUCGAUGAUCUGUGUGUGUACGAGUCCAUCAUGGAUAGUUGUUCAAAACCCUGUGACGUUUUAGAGGCCAGGAACGUGUCGUCUGCUGUCAUUGUGUCAUCUGCCGUCAAGUUUAAGCACUCCAAACACCAGUGUCCUGUGUGCGGGAAGACCUACAGAGGAAACACCAACUUGAACUAUCACAUGGCUACCCACACCGGCAUCCGGCCUCACAAAUGUUCCAUCUGCGGCAAGGCCUUUACCCAGAAGUCCACUCUGCGCACACACUUCCGGAUUCACACAGGCGAGAAACCGUACAAGUGCAGGACCUGCACUCGUGCAUUUGCGGACUACUCCACCUGCAUGAAGCAUGAGCGGACCCACAGCGGGGAGAAGCCUUACGCAUGCCCAGAGUGUGGAAAGUGUUUCGCCCAAUCCGGAAAUAUGCUCCGACAUCGGCAGACACACAGGAAAAACUGAAAUUCCACAAAAAGUGCUUAUACAUUAUAGAAUACAUUCAAGAAAGUGCCAAUAUUUACAUUCUGAAUUCCUUGUGUUGUUUUUUAUAAAGUUUGUUAUUACUGCAUGAAAUCAGUAUUGUUCAUUAUUUCAAUGUAUAUGUAUUGCAUUAUGUUUUAUGUAUUUUAACAUGUGGAAUGUUCAUGUAAAUGUAUAUAGUACAUUGUACUUGUAAUUGUGUUUGACUGUUAUGUAUUUUGUAAAAAGACAUCAUUUCAAGAUUUUCAUUUAUUAAAAAAAUAA